AUGUCUGCAACAAAGCUUCCAAAUGGACUCAGGACUUUCGGUCCGAAGGCCAACUGCACUCUGGAGCUCUGUCCUCUGGAAGCCAGUCUUUUGAAGUAUCAGCCUUCCAUACCCGCCAACAGCACCUUCAUCGCUCUUUUCGCCCUGGCUAUGGUCGUCCAUAGUGUCAUAGGGUUUCGGGCAAAGACAUGGGGUUUCACGGCGAGCGUGAUCGGGGGAUGCUUGGUGGAAAUCGUCGGUUAUGUUGGUCGACUUAUUCUACAUGACAACCCGUUCUCUUUCGGCGGCUUUCUCAUUCAGAUCAUUUGCAUCACCGUUGCCCCUGUCUUCUUCUGCGCCGCCAUUUAUGUGAUGCUUUCCAAAGUGAUCAUCGCUCUCGACCGAUCGAUAUCCCGCUUCAACCCGCACCUCUUCUAUUACGUCUUCAUUCCUUGCGAUAUUAUCUCCCUCAUCCUUCAAGCCACCGGCGGCGCAUUGUCUAGCAUUGCGAACGAUAAGAGCCAGGUACAAAAAGGCGUCAACGUCUCUCUGGCAGGUCUCAUCUUCCAAGUUGUGACUCUGGUUGUGUUCUGCAUACUCUUCGCGGAUUAUCUCUUUGCCGCCUACAGGUCGGGUGCGCGUGAGAGAAUCACCAAAAACAUGUGUGUGUUCUUGGCGUUCCUAUUCGUGGCGACCAUCCUGAUUCUGGUCCGAUGCUCGUACCGUAUUGAGGAGUUGAAGGAAGGAUAUUUCAGUGUUCUCUUCCGGAACGAGCCGCUCUUCAUCGGACUCGAGUCAUCGGUCAUGGUUAUUGCAGUUUUCUGCCUCGUUAUUGGAAAUCCCGCAAUUGGGUUUAAAGAAAGCGACAAGAGAAUGAGUACCAUGUCUGCCGCAACAGAUGUCGAAAACUUCCACGCGCCGGAGAGGGGGAUGACCAUGGAAAGCGUUGCUACGGGAAAGUCUCCCACGGAGGACGCCAGAGUAUGA